AUGUCUCGUGAAUUUAAAGUCUUGCAAACAAUUUUCGUUCUGUUCUUUAUUCUGUCUUCAUCUACCUACAACUCCAAUGGCAAAUUUAUCCCGGAGGGAGCCGCAGUUUUCGACGCCAGCGGUUUCAUCGUUUUAACGAACACCUCGAAGCAUUCAUAUGGUCAACUUUUCUACAACCAGUCUAUUCCCAUCAAGGAGUACUCGUCUUUCUCAAUCAACUUCUUCUUCGCAAUCGUCCCUGAGCAUAACCAUCGUGGCUCACACGGCAUGGCUUUCGUCAUCUCUCCCACAAGAGGCCUUCCCGGAGCUUCCUCCGAUCAAUACCUCGGCAUCUUCAACGCAACAAACAACGGUGAAAACUCGAACAACGUGAUAGCUAUCGAGUUAGAUAUACACAAAGACGAAGAGUUUGAAGAUAUUGAUGAUAAUCAUGUUGGGAUUAACAUUAAUGGUAUGAGAUCUGUUGUCUCUGCUUCUGCUGGUUACUAUGAUGACAAAGAUGGAAAGUUUCACAAUCUUUCUUUGAUCAGCAGAAAGCUAAUGCGGCUUUGGAUCGUUUAUAGUCAAUCCGAUAAACAACUCAAUGUCACUUUAUUCCCUGCUGAGAUCUCUAUUCCGCCUAGAAAACCGCUUUUGUCUUGGAACCAAGAUCUCUCUCCGUAUUUUAUGGAGGAGAUGUAUUUUAGUAUCAGAGCAUCAACCGGAUCCAUUAGAGCACUCCAUUAUUUGACUAGUGUGUUAAUUGCUCCAGGAGUCGAGGAUCCAUCAUCAUUGGAGCUUAUUGCACUCCCCAUCCUUCCUCCUUAUCCGAAGAAAUCAUCUAAUAAAACAAGGACGAUUUUAGUGGUCUGCCUAACGCUAUCCAUGAUUGCUGCACUUGUCGCCUCAUGGAUAGGUUCCGUCUUCUAUUGGAGGCAUAAGAAGGUUAAAGAGGUUCUUGAGGAAUGGGAGAUUCAGUAUGGACCUCAUAGGUUUGCUUUUAAGGAGCUUUUCAAUGCCACAAAGGGUUUCAAGGAGAAACAGCUUCUUGGAAGAGGUGGUUUUGGCCAAGUCUUUAAAGGAACACUUCCGGGUUCUGAUGCAGACAUCGCUGUGAAACGGACUUCUCAUGACUCAAGACAAGGGAUGAACGAGUUUCUAGCCGAGAUAUCAACCAUUGGUCGUCUCAGACAUCCUAAUCUAGUCAGGCUUUUGGGUUAUUGUAGGCAUAAAGAAGAUCUCUACUUGGUUUACGACUUUAUGCCUAAUGGAAGCCUUGACAAGUAUCUUUACCGUAGCAACAAGAAUGAGACCCAAGAAGGGCUUACUUGGGAGCAACGUUUCAAGAUCAUCAAAGAUGUUGCAUCUGCUCUUCUAUACUUGCAUCAAGAAUGGGUACAAGUCAUCAUUCAUCGAGAUAUCAAACCGGCUAAUGUUCUGAUCGACCAUGAAAUGAACGCGAGGCUCGGGGAUUUCGGAUUGGCGAAGCUGCAUGAUCAGGGGUUUGAUCCUCAGACUUCUAGAGUAGCGGGAACGCUUGGGUAUAUUGCUCCAGAGUUCAUAAGAACCGGAAGAGCAACCACAAGCACCGAUGUUUACGCCUUUGGGUUGCUUAUGCUUGAAGUAGUUUGUGGUAGGAGGCUGAUUGAGCGACGUGAAGCAGAAAAUGAAGAAGUUCUUGUGGAUUGGAUCUUAGAGCUUUGGGAAAUUGGGAAAAUUUUCGAAGCGAGUGAGGAAAGUAUACGUCAAGAACAAAACAGGGCACAACUGGAGCUAGUUUUGAAGCUAGGUGUGUUGUGCUCGCAUCAAGCUGCGUCAGUUAGACCAGCUAUGAGUUCGGUUAUGCGGAUCUUGACUGGCGAUUCUCAGCUUCCGGAUAAUCUUCUUGAAGUGAUAACGGCUGAGAAAUUGAGAGGACAACCUGAGAUAUCAAUGGAAGUGCUACUUGAUAUGAAUUCAAUGAGUGCAUUGACGAUUACAAAUUCUUUCAUCUCCCACGGACGCUGA